UCUUUUCACUUUCCUGGUCUCGAAAAACAUGUCUUUUGAGUUUUGCCAACUACAGUAAUGGAGAGAAUCAGAGAGCCAUUGUUUCAAAAAUAUUGUGUUUUCGAGGGAAAGACAGCCGUUGAUUCAUUUUCACCCUAAUCUCUAUGAGUCUAUUUCUUGUACUCCGUAUUUGAAAAACAAAGAGCAAAAUACACCCACCGGAAUAGCAAGCAGAAACCUCACCUCUACUGGUUUAUUGCCGUGGUUUUGUGGAGACUUUUCAACGAUUCAGAGUGAUUCUGGGUUGAAAUGAGACUCCUAAUCAAAAGAAAAUGCAGCUCCAGUGCCCCCAUAUUGCCGGAAAACAGAGAGUUACCACUCGAUUUAUGGAGGGAGGUCUUUGCAAGACUACCGGUCAAAACCCUGCUCAAAUUAAGGUGCGUCUGUAAGAACUGGUGUUCUAUAAUCAACAACCCAGAUUUCUUUUCUAUGCAUCUGACAAUUUACAACAACACCCCCAACAACAAAACUCAUGCAUUAGUUAUGAAAAAAAUUGGGAAAAAUGGUUGUGAGGGAUGCAAAUUCACACUUCGCCCAACUAACAAAUUUAAGAAAAUCGCCCAAAUUCUCCGAAUCCCCAAAUUCUGCAAGCUCCUCGGGAACUGUAAUGGGUUGGUGUUAUUCAUGUCCAAGGAAUUCCCUUCCUCUGAACAAGUCAUGUUAAGAUUAUGGAACCCUUCUGUGAGAAAAUCUUUGAUAAUUCCCUUCAUCCCAUCUGAUUUUAAGUGGGAGACUUACGUUCUGGGGUUUUCACCUUCUAGUAAUGAUUACAAAGUGGUUGCUUUCGAUUUCGAUAGAGAUGGAAAUGUGUAUGCAGUUUAUUCAAUCAGUACUAACACCUGGAGGAUUAAACCAUGUCCCUCUAAUUCACUCCCUUUGUUUGUGUUAGAGGCAGGGGGGAACCUUCCACUGUACGAUUCUCCUCAUUUCUGUCAAGGGGCAGUACAUUGGAUGGUGUGUGGUUCAGUACCAAACAUAUAUACUCAUGUUCUUUCUUUUGAGUUUGAUACCGAGGAUUUUCACAUUGUUGAAUUGCCUGAUUCUGCUGGUGAGGUUGAAAUGUGCAGAGGUCUUACCACUGUAGGCGAGGAGUUAGCUGUUUUUGGUAUUUCUGCAUUGAAUUGCUGCAUAUGGGUUAUGAGAAAGGAGGGUGGGGAGAAGUUGUGGAGCCUUAGGUUUUCUGGGGAUUCUUGUUUAGAUUCUUACAACUUCGUUGCAAGAGAUUGUUAUUUUCUGAAGAGGUUUUACUAUGAACAGAAGACUGGUGUGAUUUCACUUGUGACUUCAGGACAGGGAAUGAAGUCUUAUAACAUUUCAACCCAGAGAAGACAGCAUUUGUUUAACUCAGUUUCGCGGAGUAUAGCUUACAUGGAUGCUUAUGUGGAGAGCUUGGUGUGGUUCCCAUGAGAAGGUGGGUAGUAUCACAGGGAAGCACAUUAGUAGUUCCGUAGCUGACAGUGGUGGAUGUGAUAUAUGCUUCUUUUGAUACUCCGUAUUUAGCAAGGCAGCAGGUGCUGUUGUACCUCUUUUGCUCUUAAGGUUUUGUAAGUUCAUAACAAAAUGGUAGGCCGGCUAACUUAGUAGGUAGUAAGAAAUGCUUGUUUUGAUUGCAACAUUGUUCAUGCCAACUUUUGGGUGAUCGAAAACAUAUUAAUGUGCUAAUGUUGUCUGGUUCAAGCUGCCAGUAAAUCAAGUUAGCACGAUUUAUUUCAAUCUGCACGCAGAGAACUCGUACAUCAGUCAGUGAUCAUGAGCCAAACAAGCGAACUCAGUCACUAUGAUUACUGCAUUUUACAAUGAUGUAGCUAGGUUAUUCCCCUUUUUUGUAUAAGUACCUAGCUUUUGAUGCACAAAGUGCAAAACUUGUAAGGGCGAACUAGUGAACCUACUCAUGUGAUUUUUAUGCUAAUCAAUUCAGGUACUUUACUAGGAAAGUAUUUUGCCAAUAAUAUGGGAUGACAUUG